AUUUUCUUAACAUGUUGACUCAUUUACCUUGGUAACCAAAAUCCUCACGUUGGUUUGAUGUUUUUUGGUUAUGUGAUUAUUUUGAUUUCUUGAAUUGUUGGUUAAUAUUUUCUUUAAUUGUGUAGCUUGUAAUUGUUUGAAUGGUGAAAUGAUUGGUCAUCUUGUUGGACAACGUUCUAAGGAUUGUCUUCGUUUGAUAAAUAUUCUUCUUAAAAGUGAAAGUAGAUAUUCAUUGGGAAGAGUUUACCAUGAGCGUCAUGUUUCAUCAUUUACUAAAUUUUAUUGUCACAAAUUAUCAACUAAUCGAUCAACUGUUCACGAUUGGAAUAAUUUAUUAGACUCGCCUAAGAAUCAAGUAUCUAGUGUACGAAAUUAUUGUGAUCCAGCUCGUAAAGGUGAUGAAGGUGAUGGUGUUGAUCCUCCUGAAAAGGAGCCUUCAAUGUCUAUCAAAGAGGAGGAAGAACAUGAUUUAAUUAUGUCCGGUAUUUCAAGCACUUUGGCUACAAUGACGGUUCCCGAAUAUUGGCCUAAUAUUCCUGUGAUUGCGAUUACUGGUCGACCCGUUUUCCCCAAAUUCUUAAAAGUGAUUGACAUCUCCAAUCCAUCAUUAAUAUCGCUAAUCAAACGUAAAGUGCGACUUAAUCAACCCUAUGCCGGUUUAUUCUUGAAGAAAAAUGAAAACAAUGAAGAAGAAGUUGUUAAAACAUUGGAUGAUGUUUAUCCUGUUGGAACUUUUGUCCAAAUAUUGGAGAUUCAAGAUGUCGGAGAGAAAUUGAAAGUGGUUCUUCAAUCACACCGAAGAGUUAAACUGGUCAAACAAUUACCAGAAGAUUAUGAUUCUUUAAAUGAUAAGCUGAAGAAAAAGAAAUUAAAGAAAAAAGAAGAUUCCAAUGAGGCUGAAUCAGAAUCGAUUACAUGUUCCACUCCUCCAGAACCAAUAACAAGUACCUCCACUGAUCUAGGACCUGUUCUAAUGGCACAAGUGGAUAAUGUUAACCACGAACAAUUUGAAAUGACCAAACACGUUAAAGCAAUUACUCAAGAAAUAGUCAAGACAAUUUUAGAUAUUAUGUCAGUUAAUCCUUUGUAUAGAGAAUCGGUUCUUCAAAUGUUACAGGCUGGACCUCGAGUUGUCGAUAAUCCUGUUUAUUUAUCCGAUCUUGGAGCUGCUCUUUCGGGUGCCAAAGGUCCCGAUCUACAAGCGGUUCUAGAAGAGACCAACAUCCCUAAAAGACUAGAAUUGUCUUUAACUCUACUGAAAAAAGAGUUUGAAAUGUCCAAAUUACAACAAGAGAUUGGAAAAGAGGUUGAAGAUAAAGUUAAACAACAACAUCGUCGUUAUCUAUUACAUGAACAACUUAAAGUAAUCAAAAAGGAAUUAGGAUUAGUGAAAGAUGAUAAAGAUGCCAUCGAAGAGAAAUUCAAAGCUCGAUUGAAAGAUUUAACGGUUCCUAAACACAUAAUGGACGUAAUAGAAGAGGAACUGAAUAAAUUAGCCUUUUUGGACAAUCAUUCGUCUGAAUUUAGUGUUACACGAAAUUACCUCGACUGGUUAACUAAUCUUCCCUGGGGUAAAAGCAGCGAAGAGAAUUUGGAUCUAGAAAGAGCGAAAAAAGUUCUUGAAGAAGAUCAUUAUGGAAUGGAAGAGGUUAAAAAACGAAUCCUCGAAUUUAUCGCCGUCAGCCAAUUACGAGGUAAAACUCAGGGUAAAAUCCUUUGUUUCCAUGGUCCCCCUGGAGUCGGUAAAACAAGUAUAGCGAAAUCAAUUGCUCGAGCAUUGAACAGAGAGUAUUUUAGGUUUAGUGUUGGUGGCAUGACCGAUGUCGCCGAAAUCAAGGGUCAUAGAAGGACAUAUGUCGGUGCGAUGCCUGGUAAACUUAUUCAGUGUUUAAAAAAGACCAAAUCUGAAAAUCCAUUGGUUCUUAUUGAUGAAAUUGAUAAAAUUGGUCGAGGUUAUCAAGGAGAUCCGUCAUCAGCUCUUCUCGAGAUUUUAGAUCCCGAACAAAAUGUAAAUUUUCUAGAUCAUUAUCUAGAUGUGACGGUUGACUUAUCAAGAGUACUAUUCAUUUGUACGGCUAAUGUACUUGAUACAAUCCCGGAACCACUUAGAGACCGAAUGGAAAUUAUCGAAGUGUCGGGCUAUGUGGCGGAAGAGAAAGUAGCAAUUGCGGAGCAAUAUUUGAUUCCACAAGCUCGAGAAAUGGCAGGAGUUAGCGAAGAAAUUGCUAGAAUCCCAAAAGAUGUUCUACAAACGUUAAUCAAAGCUUAUUGUCGAGAAAGUGGAGUAAGAAAUUUACAGAAACACAUCGAAAAGAUCAUGAGGAAAGCAGCUUUGAAAAUAGUAAACAAGGAAGCGGAAAAGGUUAAUGUUAAUGUUGACAAUUUACAAGAUUUUGUUGGUAAACCGAUUUUCACUCAAGAUCGCAUGUAUGAGGUCACUCCUUCCGGUGUCACCAUGGGCUUAGCUUGGACAGCAAUGGGAGGGUCAGUUUUAUUUAUCGAGACCACUUUAUUCAAGCCUUUAGUUGAUUCUGAUAAACCCGAUGAACCUGAAAUCGGAUCAAUGAAAUUAACUGGUCGCCUUGGUGAUGUAAUGAAAGAAAGUGCUGAUAUCGCCUAUUCGGUGGCCAAAUCAUUCAUCACCCAAAUCGACAGUGAUAAUGAAUUUUUUGAAAAAGCUCAUAUUCAUCUACAUGUACCCGAUGGAGCGACACCUAAAGAUGGUCCAAGUGCUGGAUGUACAAUGGUCACCGCUCUCCUUUCCUUAGCUCUAAACAAACCAGUUCGAAGUGACCUGGCAAUGACCGGUGAAGUUUCACUAACUGGUAAAGUUUUACCCGUCGGAGGAAUCCGAGAGAAAACGAUCGCCGCCAAACGUGCCAAUGUGACCUGUUUAAUUUUACCUCAAGAGAAUCGUAAAGAUUUCGAUGAGUUACCUGAUUUUAUAAAAAGCAAUUUAGAUGUUCAUUUUGUAGAUGAUUACAAACAAGUAUUUGAUAUCGCGUUUUCACAAGGAACUACAACAAUUGGAUGGAAUGAAGAAGAUGAAUCAUCGUUAAUUAAACAAAUUGAUCAACAAAUUAACCUUGAAACAAAACUAUCGGAUGAAAGUAUAACCAAGAUAAUUGAUAUUGUUACAAAUCGUAAACUUUAUCAUCCAUCAUUAUUAAACUGGACUCUUGAACAAUUAACUAUUAGAUAUGAUUCAAUGUCAUUGGAAACAAUUAGCACAAUAGUUAAAUCAUUAAGUAACUUUGAUCAUUUCAAUGAAAACAAUUUAAAAUCAUUGGUUAAUCUAAUUGAAACAAAGCCAAGAAUCAAUGAAAUGAUUAAAUCACCUCAACACUCAAUUGCGAUUCUGGAAUCAUUGAUUACCUGGAAAAUUUAUCCAUCAAAGUUAAUUAACCUAAUUUUCCAAGAUGAUUUUCUCAACAAUCUACCAGAUAAUCAACAACAUCUCAAAGCAUUAUUUUCAAUUAGAGACUCGUUGGCAAUUGAAUGUCAUCCAAAGUAUGUUGAUCAAAUUGGACAAUUAGACGAAGCAAUUAAACAGAGAAAUCUAGUAUUUACAAGACAAUCAAUGGAUCAACUUUUACCAAUUAAUCCUCGUGAUUUAACUCAUCAUCAAUACUUAACUGUGGUAAUUUACCUCGCUUGUAGAGAGUAUUAUCCAAAACAAACAGUCGCUAAAAAUGUUUUAUCCUUUUGCUUUUCACCGGAAAUAAUUGUUUGCGAUUCACGAUUUAAUCCGAUUGUUCAUGGAGCCACAAUCAAGGUUGAACCGAAUUCAGUUGUUGAUUCAACGAUAAUCAGUCGAUCAAAAUUUGCUGAUCGUGAAAAAACUCAACUAAUUGGUUAUCAGCGAUUGAGAAAUCGCUUAUUAAAUCAAUUAGGUUUCAAAAUAUUUACCGUUAAUGAAUCACUUCCAAACAGGAAGAGUCAAAUUUUUAAUUAUUUCCGGAGAAAACUACCAAUCAGAGUUGAUGGUUAAAUCGUAACAAUCUAGUCUUUUAUAUGAUCGAUAAAUUAAAUCAAAAUCUGUCAUUCACUUGAUUACAAUUAGCCAACUUGAAAACUACUACGAUGCAACAAUUGUAAUUGUAAUUGUAAUUUAAUUUGUAUUUUUAUUAUCAUCAAAGUCUUACAA